AUGUCCCCUAUUGAGAAACUUAUCGGUGAGCCGGAUGACGAUCCGACAGACCUGAGCAACGCACCUUUUGCAUUUGGUCGCUUUCCUACGGGCAGCGAGAGUUCUGCAGAGUACACUCUCUCCAGCGCGCCGAGUCAGUCCCAGCCUCCAAGGAAGCAGGCGCGACUUGCUAGACCGAUUCCUUUUGCCACCUGUGGUGCAGAGCUGGCUGUACACGAGCGUCCUCAGCAGAUGCUCUACGACUACCAGCCCCCAAGCCAGCAGCCGGACCGAUACACACCGCGCCAUGUUCCACCCGUCCUCGAAUAUCUGCAGGGUAUCCAGCAUGGAACCCGAGAUCACCCACGUGCCACUACUGGAGAGGAUUUCAUCCCCACUCCGAGUCGCCGCUCCUCGCCAGUCAAUGAACUCACGCCUGCCUCGCUCGAUGAACUAGAGUCAAUUGAUGCUCUUGCAGCGGCACGAGCCGUCAUCUUGGGUCUACGUUUCCAAGACCCGAUAGUUCUCGCAAACAAGAAGUGGAAGCGGGAGGCGCGAAUGAAAGGCAACCAGGACGGAUUAGAGGCGAUAUGGAGUGUGAUUUGCACAGGACUUGGCUUGGUUUGGUACUCUUGGCCGGUAAAUUAA